AUGGGUCCAUCCACAUCUCGAGAUGCCGAUAGCAACACCCUUGCCUUGCUAGGCAAGAAACAGGUCCUCAAGCGACGUUUUGGAUUUUGGUCUCUUUUCGGUUUUGCUGUUUGUGAGUUGAUCACCUGGGAGACUGUCCUCGCACUGUUCAGCCAAGGCUUCGACAAUGGCGGUCCUGCUGGCCUUGUCUACGGAUUCAUCAUUGCAUGGUCGUCAACGUUCUCUGUUUACACUGUCGUUUGCGAGUUGGCCUCACUUGCACCGAUUGCUGGGGGCCAAUAUUACUGGGUUUAUAUGCUGGCGCCACCAAAGUACAAAGUAUUCAGCAGCUACAUUGUCGGCUGGUUGACCUCCCUGGCCUGGAUUGCAACUGUCGCGACAGAGACUAUCUUCGCCGGAACAAUUUUGCAAGGUCUGAUAAUCCUCGACUAUCCGGAUUAUGUCGCGGAAAGGUGGCAUGGAACACUUCUUGCGUGGAUGGUGAUCGCCGUCGCCAUUUUUAUCAAUGUGGUGAUCCCAGGAAUGCUACCUAGAUUCGAGAUUUUCAUUAUAGUAUUCCAUAUUGCUGGAUUCAUUGUUGUCAUAUCACUGCUAUGGGCGUAUGCACCUCACAACUCGGCGCAUUUUGUUUUCACCACCAGUCUGAAUGAAGGUGGAUGGCCAACGCAGGGUUUAUCAUACUGUGUGGGAUUUCUAGGGAAUGUUGCGACCUUCGUUGGCGCAGACGCAUCUGUCCAUCUUGCUGAAGAAGUCGAAAGGGCAGCAACGAACAUUCCUCGAGCCAUUCUCUGCAGCAUGCUCAUCAAUGGACUCGUGGGUUUCACAAUGAUGCUAACGAUUUUGUUCUGCUUGGGUGAUGUGGAAUCGGUACUCGAGACCGCCACGGGCUACCCUUUCAUUCAGAUCUUCAAAGAUAGUGUCAAGUCUACGGCAGGAGCGACGGCCAUGGGUGCCAUUGUUCUUGCCCUGACAUGGGCAUGCGCAACAGGAAUCAUCACAACCGCAUCCAGGAUGACUUGGUCAUUCGCACGCGAUAAGGGUACUCCGUGGUCGACAGUAAUCAGCAAGGUUUCCCACCAAAAGCGAAUCCCAAUUGUUGCCGUGGGAGUUGUCACAACCAUCGCAGCUGUGCUCAAUCUCAUUUACAUCGGCUCUUCAACAGCCUUCAACGAUGUCAUUUCCCUGACCAUUACCGGAUUCUAUUGUUCGUAUUUCUUGCCGGCAGCGCUCUUGCUAUACCACCGAAUCAAGGGGCAUAUCGCCCCUCAUCAGCAGGAUACGCCGGGAAUUCCAGUCACCGACGAAAGUAGUUCGAACCCGUCGAAAAAACCACUGGACCCGAACCAAAAGGGUGAGAAUCCCACAGAAGUGGAUUCUGAUGGACCUGCAAAUACUCCUGCACGUCAUGACCGUCGCUUGUCUGUUGCGCAGACAACUUUGGUGUGGGGGCCUUUCCGUGUUCCCGGGCUGUUUGGAACGCUUAACAACGCCUAUGCUUGUGUAUACAUGAUUUUCGUGAUUUUUUGGAGUGUAUGGCCGCCUGAUCUGCCCGUAACUUAUUCGACGAUGAACUACUCUGUGGUUGUGACUGGCGGAGUGAUCAUCUUCAGCAUCAUCUGGUAUUACAUUCGGGGCCGGAAAGAAUACCAUGGACCUUUAAUUGAUGAUGAAGUUGCGGCUGUGAUGAGAAUGGGAAGCGUGGUUGCUGUCUGA